UGCUGUCAUUAGGGUUGUGGUCAUAUGCCUCUGGCUAUGGUGGGAUUUUAAAGAUGGCGGAGUGCUUGGCUGCACGUUUGGCCGCCCAGGAGGAGCAGAUUCGGCUCCUUACCAGGGAGGUCACCACUCUUCAGGACGGACUGAUCCUGGGCGUGGACGCCACCGAUGCUGCGGCCGCGUCGCCAGAGCUGGAGAGCCUCCGGACCGAGAACGAGAAGCUGCGGUACCGGCUCCUGCACCUCCGGCGGGGUCUGCGGGCGGAGCUGGAGCUGGAGAGACAGCGUGGGACGAAAGGCAGCAAAGACCCGAAGCAAAACACCAGCAAAGAGCAGGAUUCAAACCACCGAGCUAACAAUAAGGUGAAACCCCAGGAUGCCAAACAAGGUGACCGCAACAAAAAGAAGGAUCGAAUACAGGACGAGGGCGGUCUGAAAGGGGUGAUGAAGACCGGGCCCGGAUACAUAGCCGAGCGCCUCAGCCUCUAUGAGGUGCUGAAGAAGGAGAACGACGCCAUCCUGGCGAAGAAAGCUGCGGGUAGCGAACCCAUCACCGUGGAGCUGCCAGACGGUCGGAAAGUGUCCGGCAGGGCUUGGGUCACCACACCGUACCAGUUGGCUGCUGGUAUCAGCCAGGGCCUGGCUGACAAUGCUGUGAUUUCUCGGGUGAAUGGGGAACUCUGGGACCUGGACAGACCUCUUGAGCAGGACUGCUCUCUUGAGAUCCUGCGAUUUGACAAUGAGGACGCUCAGGCUGUUUACUGGCACUCUAGUGCUCACAUCCUAGGGGAGGCAAUGGAGCAGUUUUAUGGGGGUUGUCUAUGUUAUGGACCCCCCAUAGAGAAUGGCUUCUACUAUGAUAUGUUCCUAGAUGAACAAAAGGGAGUAUCCAGCACACAGUUUGGGGAACUGGAGACCAUGUGUAAGGCUGUGAUAAAGGAAAAACAGCCCUUUGAGAGGCUUGAGCUCAGCAAGGAGACACUGUUGAAAAUGUUUAAGUACAACAAAUUUAAAUGCCGCAUACUGAACGAGAAAGUCACCACCCCCACUACGACAGUCUACAGAUGUGGGACCUUGAUUGACUUGUGCAGAGGUCCGCAUGUCAGACACACAGGCAAGAUCAAGGCCAUGAAAAUCUACAAGAACUCUUCCACAUACUGGGAGGGCUGCUCGGACAUGGAGACACUACAGCGGAUCUAUGGGAUUUCCUUCCCGGACUCAAAGAUGCUGAAGGAGUGGGAACGCUUUCAGGAAGAGGCCAAAAAUAGAGACCAUCGCAAGAUUGGCAAAGAUCAGGAGCUGUUCUUCUUCCAUGAGCUCAGCCCUGGAAGCUGUUUCUUCAUGCCCCGUGGAGCUUACAUCUAUAACACACUUACCGAGUUCAUCAGGGAUGAGUACUGGAGAAGAGGCUUUCAGGAAGUGGCCUCUCCCAACAUAUAUAACAGUAAACUGUGGGAGACCUCUGGCCACUGGCAGCACUACAGCGAAAACAUGUUCUCCUUCCCAGUGGAGGAUGACGUCUUCGCUCUCAAGCCCAUGAACUGCCCCGGUCACUGUCUGAUGUUCAGCCAUAGGCCGCGCUCAUGGAGGGAGCUUCCUCUGAGGCUGGCAGAUUUCGGGGUCCUCCACAGGAACGAGCUGUCGGGAGCCCUGACCGGGCUGACCAGAGUGCGCCGCUUCCAGCAGGAUGACGCCCACAUUUUCUGCGCGAUGGAUCAGAUCGAGUCGGAGAUGAAGGGCUGUCUGGACUUCCUCCGCUGUGUCUAUGACGUGUUUGGCUUCUCGUUCCAGCUUCACCUUUCCACCCGCCCAGAAAAGUACCUCGGUGACAUUGCUGUGUGGAACCAGGCUGAAAAGCAACUGGAGAACAGUCUGAAUGAGUUUGGGGAAUCGUGGAAACUCAACCCUGGUGAUGGUGCGUUUUACGGCCCCAAGAUUGACAUUAAGAUCAAAGAUGCAAUUGGGCGGUACCACCAGUGUGCAACCAUUCAGUUGGACUUCCAGCUCCCUAUCCGCUUCAACCUGACCUUUGUGGGGAAGGAUGGGGAUGACAAAACUCGACCAGUCAUCAUUCACCGCGCCAUCUUGGGUUCCGUAGAGAGGAUGAUCGCCAUUCUAACGGAGAACUAUGCAGGAAAAUGGCCUCUGUGGCUGUCUCCACGGCAGGUGAUGGUGGUGCCCGUUAACCCGUCCUUUGAGGAUUACGCCAAGAUGGUUUGUAAGCAGUUCACAGAUGCUGGCUUUAUGGCAGACUCUGACCUGGACUCUGGAUGUCUGCUUAAUAAGAAAAUCCGAAAUGCUCAGUUGGCCCAAUACAACUUUAUCCUUGUGGUUGGAGAGAAAGAGAAGAUGACUAACGGUGUCAAUGUGCGCACAAGGGACAACAAAAUCCACGGAGAACUGUCGGUGGCUGAGGUGCUGGCCCGCCUGACCCUGCUCAGACAGUCCCGCUGUCGAAACGCAGAGGAGGAGUUCUGAUCAAUACAAAGAACAAAGCCGACUAUCACAUAUCGAUAGCGCAGUCCUGGAGGUACAUGUGUGAGGAGUAAAGGGAACAAUGGUGGUACCCAGUAGGUUGGUACUAGAGAAGUGCAAAGCUGAAGUCAGGCAGAAACACGUGAAUGGAUAUUCUGUAACUGAUGAUGAUGAUGAUGACGACAAUGUGUGAAGGGUGGAACAGGAAGGAACAGGACAGGUUUUUGUGUCGAUGUGCAUGCAAGUAUGCUAAAGUGACUUAUGUCUGAAGGGAAGUUACUUGAUGCCUCGUGAAACAUAUGUGAUCAUUGACAUAAUGAAGGUCAUAGAUUUGUCACGGACAUGUUUUCUCCAAAGGUCUGCUUCAUGGGUAACGCCAGAAAAAAAAUAAAAUAAAUAUACCCAUUGUGAA